GACAUGAGCAACACCACCACGUCGGACGCUGACAUCGUGAACGAGCGCGUGCUGGAGUUAGAGCGCGUCCUCCUUCGACUGGGACUCACAGACGAUGCGAAGCUAUGUGACGUCCUUCGCCUUCUUCUCCCACAACUCUUCCAGCGGCUUGUCACCACUGCCGCUCCUGCCGUCUCGGCCAAGAUCCUCGAGAUCUUCAGUCAUCUCGUAAAGCGGUUAAAAUCGUUUCCGUCGACACAGAUCGUGCUGCCGGUCGUGGCGCUCUUGCCGUACGUGGAUCCAGCGCCGUCGGAUACGUCCGUACCAGCUCUACACUUGACGUACGCGCGCAACUUUUCACUUCUUUUCGUGGAAAUGGGAUUCGGGGGAUGCCUGUCCGUGGACCUCAAAGCAGUUGUCCUCACGACGAUUGUCCGCGGCAUGGCCACCAAAUCGUCGGCGUACCACGAUGUCGUGUUUCGGUUGUUCGUGCACGUGUUCCUGUGGCAAGACACGGCCGUGACGUUGGAUGACACGACACGAUGGAGUCGUCUCGACGUCGCGGUGCUUCUCGACUUCUUUCUCGACCUCAUGCUCUGUCCGUCGUCAUCCCAGUCCGCACCACGCACGGAACGCUUGAUGCGCGCCAAAGUUGCAUCCCUCGAACCCGCGUCGCGAACACAUGUGCAGUUGAAGUUGGUGCAGUUCCUCAAACAGCAUGCCACGUCAUCUCCAGACCCGACGACUCCUUCCAACAUGGACGCAUCGGCGUGGUACGUUCACAUGGCGACGGGGGCAGCGGCGGGCCACCACUCAAUCGCAACGUACUGCCAGGACGAGCUAUCUCGUCUCAACAAGUACCACCUUCCAGCUCUGGACACUGCAUAUUCGAUCGCCCCGAUGUGUCAUUUGAUCCUUGGCUCGUCCAUACCUGCGCCGGAUGACGGCGGCUCGGCCUUUCUGCCCCGCCAGCCCCUUCCCGACUUGGUCGCGCUCGCGCUUGUCCCAGUCCUCUUGCAAGCCAAAUCCGUGGCCACGGAUUGCUUUCCCCUCAACUUGCAAGUCGUAUGUACGUUUCUCUUUGGCGACAGUCCCCAGCGGCCCCGCGCCGUCAAAGCCAACGUCCGCAAAGCCGGCAUGGACUUGUGUCUAUGGGUGCUCAUGCAUAGCCCUGACGCGAUCCUCCACGCGGCGCUCGGCCCUGUGCUGUUUUCCCCGCUCCUGAAACUUGUCACAGACGACGACAAUAGUAUGACGUCGGACGAAGUACCAGCGAAUGUGCGACACGAGCGCAACGUGGGUGUGUACACUGCGUUUUCAAUCCUCGCUAGACGAACCCCCGCCCUCGUGGCGGCGACCCCCGAAGCCUUCCAACGACUCAUGUACCGCGCUAUGGUUGAAGAAGAGCGAGGGCGGUCCGGCAGCGCUUGCCUCGAGGCGCUUCGGGCCGUGUGCGCGGCGUACGUCGGGGCACACGUGCCCGCAACCGUGACGAACGUGAUCAAGCGGGAGCUGACCGAGUUGGCGUCGUCGUCCAAGGUGCAGACGCCGACAUUCGACCGGGUGCGCGGGGUUUUGGCUUACUGGGCGUCCCACAUGCAGUUCCAAGGCUGUAGUGGUGAUGGAGGAGGGGGGGACUUGACGAUGCGCGUGGUGUGUCUUCGGUUCGCGGGGGAUGGCAGCGACCAAGUGCGGGAGGUUGCGAGGAAGGCCGUGUUCGAGGUGCCGCUGCCGCCGUUCGACAAAACGAUGUCGUUGCUGGGUCCCCAGCUGCCGUCGAUGGCCGCAGGUCAACCACGGGUCGUGCUAGAGCUGGCACUGGCGUUGUGUGUCGGCAGUUUGCAAGCGGAGGAUGAUGCGCGGCGGCACGACGUGCAGCCGUUGGUAGAUGCGUGCAUGGCGUUGUUAGCUGGUUCACACAAGGCGACUGCCGCAGAAACUCUCGUGACGGUGAUCCAUCGCAUGCGAUUGUGCGAGUUAUCGGUUGAUCAAGUGAGUACGAUCACACAUAUGAUGCUCCACGACGGGGACGACGGCGUGCGCGAGCUCAUGGCGAUCCUGCUGGCGACUCCAUCAAGAACCGCCGAUUGCUUUCAUGCACAAGUGCAGGCGUUGACGGCGCUACUUGCGGACGACCCACAACAUGCAUGCCCUUCGUCCGAAAUGCACGGCGCGCUGAGUGGCUUAGGCAUGCUCAUUCGAUCCAACAAGGCGUACCCGCACAAACAGGCCGUGGCUACCAUCGUAGCCGACACUGCGUCGGUUCACCUAGGCAAAUUCGUUCAAUAUGCAAUGAUACGCUUUGACCACGGGUGCAAACUCCACAGCGACGUCGUAUAUGCCAGUCUCCAGGCGCUGGGGGCGAUGGGUAACCUCGCUGAGGUGGGCACGGGAGCAGCCGUGCUGGACGUGGUGGUGCGCGUGCUCACGCUGGCUCCGACGCCGCCGCCGUCCGACAGCGCGACCGCAACCCUCAAACUGCGCGCCAUGCAAACCCUCGGGUGUCUUGUGUACGGGUUGCCACUCGACGACGACGAGGUCUUGAAUCAAGUGACGAGCGCCGUCGUGGCCACUUUGAAACGUGUGGCCGAUACGCGCGACGCGUGGUUUCAGUUUCAAGUUGCCACCAUGUUGGCGGCAUGGGGACAUGUCUUGUCGGAUGACGUGGCAGCAGCAGCAACCACGUCGGGAUCACGUCGGCAGAAUCGCGUGACCCGCGUACUCGACGAGGUGUUGGCGGGCAUAUCGUCGGCAAACCCCCACGUCCGCAACAGCGCCGCGAUUUGGCUGUUUGGCAUUGUCUCGUCGUCUGCCAACACGAAGCGCGACCACGAAGUCCGUCUAGAGAACGAAUGGACGCGGCAGAUUCGGCCGCGGAUGCUCUUGUUGCACGAGCUGUUGGUGGACCUGUUGAAUGAAAAGUCAGCAUUGACGCAAGAGUGCGCAGUCAAGGCGUUGGCUAUGCUGUUUGACCAGGCUGCGAUACAGGACAACGGAGAAGCCAACAUCAGUAGUAAUGGCCAACAGGCUGCGAUACAGGAUGAUGGCAUUGGUGGUGGUGGGAACGUCCAAAACAGUAUGAGCGACUCGCUGUUCAAACGACUUAAGUGUUUCCGGGCCUUUGUCGACUCGGCUGGUCCGUCCGCCGCCUCUGCGACACCGUCAGCCUCCGACCCAUCAUCGACCGCAGCCAACACGAUUGAAAAUGCGUGUUACCGUGAAGUGAGCAAUGUGGCGGCGGACGUCGGCGAUGCCAGCGUCAUGUACACGCUGCUGUACUUGAGCACGAACGACCCCAUGUGGGACCUCCUCCUUCUCGGCGAUGGCGACCUCUCCAAGGGAAACCUAGCUACUGCUGCUCGUACACAACCCGAUCCUACGAAUGAACUCGCCUCCUCUACAACCAUUGCCAGCGUGAUUCGACUGCCGUUGAACGUCGUCACAGCUGACCGCGAGUUUGGGGCGUUGCAAGCACACAAGGCGCACUCGGAAUGGCAUGCGUCGGCGAUUGCGGAGCUGCUGGUGCCACGUCUGUUUCUGCUCAAGAACCACCCAAACCCGAAAAUCGGCAAUUGCAUGGCGCAGCUGUGGAAAGUGCUCGUGCAUGGAAGUACGACGAGUGAUGUUGUCGUCGUGGCUUCCACGAUCAACCCAGAUAAAGCCAUGGCGAACCAGUAUUACCAAGCGAUAUUGACAUAUGCGCUGCAGCGAUUGGAAAGCAGCCUCAAUUUCAAGUACCGCGAGGCAGCAUGCAACGCCAUGGUGGACAUUUUGAAUGGCCGGGACGCCGGCGACGUGCGCGGCCAGUUGACUCGGCUGUGGAAACUCACGGCGCGGGCCGUGGACGAUGUCACCGAAUCGGUGGUCGUAGCAGGCAUCAAACUGGUCAAGUGCGUGGGGGAGCUCAGUCUCCGCGUGGCAGCCGUGGACGGUGCCUGUUUAGACCAUGUGCUUUCGUUUCUCGUGCGGGAGGGUAUUUCCGCGUCCAACAAAUUGUGCCAGGCGCUGUGCAUGGGUUACUUGUUGCGGCUCAUCAAAGCGAUCCCGUCCAUCCAUCUGCAAGCGUACCUCUCGACGCUUCCCGUGACCUUGCUCCAGUGCAUGUCCUCGUUGGAAAUGCCAGAGUUACAGUAUGCUCAAUUCCACGUCCAAGACAAGCGCCAGCUGGAGAAGGCUCGUGUGUCGCUCAGCCAAGCUGGUCCCGUGGGCGAGCUCUUGCAAGCGUGUAUGGCCCAGCUCUCGACGUUCGCAGCGUCUCAAGGCUGCGCCGCGGCCGCCCCCAUCGUGCGGGACUUGUGCGACGGGGUUUGCACCGUGCUUCGCUCUGGCGUCGGUCUCAAUACCCGCGUCGGGUCGGCCAACUUUGUCGCCACGUUGGUGACCGAAGUGCCUCUGGAGAUGCGACACUGUGGCGCACCCGACAAGCUCCUCUUGCGUAUCUUUAUCCCUUUCGUCACCCACGCCGUUUUGAACGAAACGAUUGACGAUUCUCAGGACGGUUUGGAAGCAGACGGGGGGCUUCGCGAUGGCCUCGUCAUGCGCGCGUACUGCCGCGCGGCCGCGUAUGUAUCCAAGCUGGCGGCGCCGUCGACUGUGGCCAAGUAUAUCUGUGAAGGCAUCCUCGCCGUUCCAUCGACGAUUGUGGUGGGAAGUGAAGGCAGCAGUACGACCGAGAAGGGGUUUGGGCGGUAUGGGUGGGUCACGGUGACCGCGCUGCAAGAGCUUCUGGCUCAAGUCCCGCCGCCCUCGUCGUCGUCGGAUGCUACGACAGACUGGUGUGCGGAUGUGUUUUCGGUGGCAUUUGUGGGGCAGUACUCGUCGCAGGCGUCGCUCGGUGUCGCGUGGAAAGCUGUGCUGGAGGCCAUUCCGCCCACAUUGCGCCACUCGCCUCAAUAUGCAGCCAAGACCCUCGCUUAUGGAUGUGAACUGAUGUCGCAUUUGUCGUGGGAGUGUCGAAAGCAAGGCGCGUCGGCGAUCAUCGCGCUGGCGUCGUCCCCAGAGUACGUGAUUUCCGACUGGUCGUCUGCGGUGCACAAGAUCAAGGCGUCGAUUCCAGGACAGUUGUGGCGCGGCAAAGGUAUUGUGCUCGAGGCACUGGGGGCCACGUACAUCGUCACAGAUUGUCACGACAACCACGAAAAGGAGGAGAUGGUGAUGAUGCUCGUGAGCGAAUGCGACCGCGCGAUUCGAAACGGGGACAUGUCGUACUUGGACAGUGCGAUACAGAGUCUGGGCACGUUGGCAAGUGUUAAGUCGUCGCCGCCGUCAUCUAUCGACUCGUUUGUCGUGUUGAAAACGUUCUUCUUUGACGACACGUCGGAGAUGGAAUUGCCGCCCCUCGUACGAAAACGCAUGUUUGAAACCCUCGGCAAGUGGUGGCCCGUCGACUGUGACACUGUUCGCUCCAGUCACGUGUUGGCGUGGCUGUGCAGUGUCGCAGACGCGUCGACGUACCCCGUGUGGAGUGUACGCGACGCCAUGUACGGAUGCCUGACGCACAUCGUAUCGCGUGCAUCGUUUGAUGCGCUGGGCACUCGUCAGACGAUGGAAGCACUUGUGACAACGUGUUUGAACGGAGUGGGCGACCCAAAGUAUGCCGCGGUGCGCCGAUCGGCCCUGGGGGCGGUCGUGGCCCUAGCCAGUCGGCGCAAUGACCAAGGUCUGUCCCUGGUAACUCUAGUGCCGUACAAGGAAGAACUGACGGUUGCUGCCACGCAGCUACUGCUCCACGACACGGAGCCAUCCGUGUGUCAUGCCGCGUCCGACGUGCUCGCAGCGUUGCAAGCCAUGCACUAAGUGUCGGUGUUUGAUUCACACAUUUGGUUUUACAGCGUGGGAAACACAAGGAUACUAGUACUACUACUACUACUUGGUUGUUGGCAUGAUGGGGGCUUAGUUGGAGUUUUUGUUUUCACGCGCUUCUUUGAGGGCUCGAAUGCGAUCCUUGAUACGCUGGAGGAACUCGUUGUUGACGGUGCCGUCUUCCCCAAACUUGGGGAGUCCUUGGGCGGUCACGACAGCGACGAAUAUGGCGACUAGUAGUAACUUUUGCAUGCUGGCGGCGGCAGUGGAUACUGUUUGGAGGGGAGAUAGAUGGUAAAAUUGAAACUGGUCGGUCACGUCGUUGAACCCUUAAACUCGGUGCCCCUUG